UCCAGAGAGGCCAGUGCUCAGAGGGACUCCUGUGCACUGAGGAAGGGACCACGAAUCACUGCGCCAGAGGGUUCAGCAUGCCAGAGUACAAGCUGACAUACUUCAAUCUGAGAGGACGAGCAGAAAUCAGCCGCUACCUGUUUGCCUACUCGGGCAAGAAGUAUGAAGACCACAGGAUAGAAGCAGCAGACUGGCCCAAAAUCAAACCUACUAUCCCAUUUGGCAAACUCCCCAUCCUGGAAGUAGAUGGAGUUAUCAUUCACCAGAGCCUGGCAAUAGCAAGAUACCUUGCCAAAGAAUCAGGUUUGGCAGGUCAGACACCUGUGGAACAGGCACUGGCUGAUGCCAUUGUGGACACCAUAGACGAUUUCAUGACACUGUUCCCUUGGGCAGAGAAAAACCAGGACGUGAGAAAACAAAAGUUUGAUGACAUCCUCACCAACAAAGCACCAGAGUUACUGAAAGACUUGGAUGCUUUCUUAGGGGAUAAAAACUGGCUGGUAGGGAAGUCUGUAACAUGGGCUGAUUUCUUCUGGGAUGUGUGCAGUACAACACUCCUGGCCUGCAAACCUGACCUGGCAGACAACUUCCCCAGGCUUUUGGCUCUCAGAGACAGAGUGCAAGCACUUCCAGCUAUUGCAGCCUGGAUCCAGCAAAGACCAAAGUCUGUAAUGUAGAGCAGCAGUUCAGACUGGCAAAAAAAAAAAAAGCAUGUCUAGUUUUCAAUAUGACAAGUGUCCUAAGUUAUUAAUCAUUUCAGAUGGGUAUGUUGCACCAAAUCCGAAUUAACCACUUGUAUCCAUUUAUCCAGUCUAAAAAGCUGAUUGAAUAAAGCCUGAGGGAGAGGUGUAGUUUUCAGCUGUAUUCCCCCUGCCACUAAUAAAGUGCUUGAUCAACCCAAUUAAUGUUCUGUGGGCUCUCAAAGAAAGAUGAAGAAACUUCCCUUUAGACCCCUUGAGAUCUUAAUACUUUGUUUGUUGUAGAGAGAUGAACAGAGAAGGCAAAUGAGAGGCAGGACUAAGACCACUAAGCAAUAAAGUAAAGAAAAAGACCCA